AAUGUCCUCCAACGCCAACUUUCUCACGUCCCCUGUCUGCCAUUCGAGGGGAAGGGCUGCGUGAGGUAAACGCGGUGUAAUUUCCUGACGGAUAUUUGCGCUUGAGGCGAUCUUAUUAUGACAAAGGCGGGGGAAUGAGAGAGAGAGAGGACAACAAAGGAGGCGCCUCCUCCUCCUCCUCCUUUUCCUCCUCUUGGCAAUCCCUGCCAUGGCUUCGGACUCGUGUAGAAAACCCAGGCGGAGUUGGCUUUGAGUUGAAGAGUCACACAGAGAGGCAAUGUGUGAGGAGGAGGCUGGGGAAGCAGCAUCUCCGCGUCCGUUUGGGUUCCCAGUCUGGCGGUAGAGAAAAGCGCGGGGUGACGGAGGAAGCAAGCCACAUUCAUAGCCAGACACCACCACUUCGAUGUAAUUGGGACCAAUGCGCCUUCCCUUCGGCUGGGCAUCGCUGACAGGAGGCUGACAGGAGGAGUCGCUGACUCUUUCCUUCUCCCUGCUGUCUCGCCGCUGCUUCGGAUUGUGCCUCCUCGACCAUGCUCUCGUCAGAGAAGGGUCUGGGAUUCGUCUACACUGGCUUGUACCUUUGGGCCUCCUUGUUCCUCUCCUUUUGGAAAGUGUCUCAGCAAGGUGAAAACCAAAGGCGACUCUACAGAGAACUACUGAAAAACUAUAAUCGCCUGGAACGGCCUGUCAUGAAUGACUCACAACCUCUUGUAGUAGAGCUGCAGUUGUCAUUACUACAAAUAAUUGAUGUGGAUGAAAAGAAUCAGGUCUUGAUUACAAAUGCUUGGCUACAGAUGUCCUGGAUUGAUGCUUAUUUGUCAUGGGAUCAGUAUGAAUACCCUGGAGUACAGAAUUUAAGAUUCCCAUCUGAUCAGAUUUGGGUACCUGACAUUCUUCUAUACAAUAGUGCAGACGAGAGAUUUGAUGCGACAUUUCACACAAACGUUUUGGUAAACUAUUCAGGAUCUUGUCAGUAUAUACCUCCAGGAAUCUUGAAGAGCACGUGUUACAUUGAUGUCCGCUGGUUUCCUUUCGAUGUGCAGAAAUGUGAUUUGAAGUUUGGCUCAUGGACGCAUAAUGGCUGGCUGCUUGAUCUGCAGAUGCUUGAAGCUGAUAUUUCCAAUUACAUAUCAAACGGCGAGUGGGAUUUAGUGGGUGUUCCAGGAAAAAGGAAUGAGCUGUACUACGAAUGUUGUAAAGAGCCAUAUCCAGAUGUGACUUACACUGUGACAAUGCGCCGGCGUACCCUCUACUAUGGAUUGAAUCUGCUGAUUCCCUGUGUCCUUAUAUCAGGAUUAGCGUUGCUUGUUUUUUUGCUGCCAGCUGACUCUGGAGAGAAGAUAUCUUUGGGCAUCACAGUUCUGCUGUCCCUGACGGUUUUCAUGUUGCUUGUGGCAGAGAUAAUGCCUGCCACUUCAGAUUCGGUUCCCUUAAUAGCUCAGUAUUUUGCAAGCAUCAUGGUCAUUGUUGGCUUGUCGGUGGUGGUGACGGUCUUGGUUCUUCAGUUUCAUCAUCAUGACCCUCAAGCAGGAAAGAUGCCCCAGUGGGUCCGUGUGGUUUUGCUGAACUGGUGUGCUUGGUUUUUGAGAAUGAAAAAACCUGGAGAGAGCAUAAGGCCCCUUUCUUGCAAAUACAGCCAUUCUAAGCACCAGUCAAGUGUCAGCAGUGUAGAAAUGAACGUUUUACCUGGGCACCAAUCUAGCAAUGGCAAUGUGAUCUACAGCUACCAUGCGAUGGAAAACCCCUGUUGCCCCCAGAACAGUGACACAGGUAACAAGAGUGGGAAGGGUCCUGACCUUUCUCUUGAAGAUAGUGAAAUUAGUCAAAGAAAAGCUUUAAUGGAUACUAUCCCAGUGAUUGUGAAAAUCCUCGAAGAAGUUCAGUUCAUUGCCGCCCGCUUCCGAAAACAGGACGAAGGAGAAGAAGUCUGCAGUGAGUGGAAAUUUGCAGCUGCUGUCAUAGACAGAUUAUGCCUCGUGGCGUUUUCCCUUUUUGCCAUCAUCUGUACACUUACAAUACUUAUGUCUGCUCCAAAUUUUAUCGAAGCUGUUACAAAAGAUUUUACAUAAAGAUCUCUGAAAUGAACAAAAUCCGCUCCAAAAUGUAACUGGAGAUUAUGAAUGGAUGCCAUUAAUUUUGAUAAAUGAUAAGAUAUAAAAUGGGAAGGUGUACUUUCUGCACUGAUCUCAAAAGUGGAAAGCAGAUGGAAUAAGUUUCAAUAUCAAAUUGAGCCCCCACUGUUCAAGAUGAUAGGUACAGGAUGAGGUACCUGACUCUGUCACUUGUUUCUUAAACAGUGUCUUCUUCCUGUCCUUGUGGUCAAUAUUUCUGAUAAAUAUUAGAUAAGAAACCAGAUUAUACUGCAUAAACAUUACCUAUUAACUAUUAAACUUUGUCAACUACUAGGGAAACACUAGUGAACAAUUUACUACAUUGGUCAAUCAUUCCUAGAAACAUGUUCUUUGUUAAAUGUGUCAUUUUCAGUAUUUUUAUUUUGAAUAUUUUAUUAACACACGUUUCAUCAAUGGUAAUGUAUCACUUCCGCCUUGAAGUACAUUAUUAGUUACAGUUUGCCAAAUGAACUGUGCAUUUUAGUUUUUAUUAUCACUGUGAUAGUCUAAAAUACUUCUCCAAUUGGUAAUAAUGUAACAUCCAUGCAACACCCUUUUCUAAUAUGUUAUAAAAUAUGUCCUGUUGAAUAUUCAUGUUUUUCUAUUACAGGAAUUUCAGCAGCCCCUUUACCUAAUGAGAGUGUUGCAGCUCCUACUCUUGCCUUCAGAUUUAUUUGUGUAUAUAUAUACUUAAAGUUCCCUGAAAUGCACUGCUUUAACUGUUACUGAUCCUUUCCCCUUACAACUCCAUAGCAGUCCCAUACAUGCAUGAAACCAGCACCUGCCUCACUUGCUGGAUGGAGAACCACUAAUAUAAAUUUAAAAUGUAUUUAGAGGAGUAUCUAAACAUGCACUGAAGUAGGUUUCAGUGUCUUUGCACUUACUGCUUUGAAUUGGAUAUGUUUCCAAUGAGCUUCUCAUCCACUCUACUGCAGAUUAAUACUGUGUUUAAACAACUUCAGCAGUAAUGGGGUUAAGAAGAAAUUGUAUAAUCCAUAAAGAAGUUGAUAAUUGGGGAGUUCCUUCCCAAAGAAAACAAGUUAAGUAAUAUAUAUAUAUAUUUCUCCAUCCUCAAUGAGAAAUAAUGUCUCAGCACACUGAGAAACCAAUUUGGGGUUUUUAUUAUGACAAACCCUAAGGUAUUGCCAAAAAAACCCUUCUGUACAUUGUUAGCAGAAAAAUGUUUUCAGCAUCAACAAGGUGUUUGCAUAAAACCAUUUUCUGUCAAUAUUUGGGUUUUUUCAAACUCUUAAGUGUAAAAAAGUGUGCAAACCCCUUAUAAUUUUGCCUAGCAAACAAAGCAUUUGGAAUUGUUUCUUACAUACAAGCAUAAAAUACACAAAGCUCUGCAUCCCUAAUGAUAGGCCACAAUUACUGAACUAAACAAUUUUCUCAAUAUCAUCUUCCUGAAUUAGGGCUGCACAUGUCCUUAUAUAUAACAAAUAAUAAACUUACCCUAAAUCACAACUUCUAUCAAUUAUCCCUUCCAAAAGACAAUGUUACAUCUGUAUCAAUGUAUGUGAAGUAAAGGAGUAAUAUUGUAGAAUGUACAUUUUUUCAACUCUCUUGCAAGGUGCCAAGUCAUACUGAUGAUAGAAUUUCUUACAUAAAAACCCUAUAAAUAUUA